AUGUAUACCGCGCUGGCAGGUGGUUCGCGUGGACUCAACCUGGCCGUGAAUUAUGCGGAUCUACACGACGAUAUGGCUGCACGCAUGAUGUGCGUUUUAGCCACCUGCACCGUUGAAAACUACGACUAUUGUAGUUGCACUGGUAGUUCUGUCAACAGGCGCGUGCUGGCUAGGGCGGUCCCCCAUGCUGCUGCAACCGUAGCCUGGGCCGGUCAAUGGGAUAGUUCUAGCGAGCUCACCUCCAGCAAUUGGCAUGUGAUCCCGGGCUGGGCCUGUCCACAGAUGCGUGCCCAUCCGAUCCCAGCGGACGUCACUGCCGCAGGCCUGCGCGCUGCACCCAUAGGUCACUUGAGCCUUGACACUUUUAAGCUAUCUAGGGUGAUAUCUUGCAGAGGUGCCACCAGUUACACUUCGAUCCAGCAAUUGAGCAUAUUUCACCGGCCGCGAUCGAACCCCACUCCUCGUGGUGGGCCAUUGUAG